AUGGACCGGGGCGCUCUGUGGAGGAGCGGCGAGUCCCUGCAGGUGGACCACAAGAACUGCUGUGUCUUCCGGGAUGAAUUCAUUGCCACCGUGCUGCCGCCGGUGCUGGCACUGGAGUUCGUGUUCGGGCUGCUGGGCAAUGGCCUGGCUCUGUGGAUCUUUUGCUUCCACCUCAAGCCCUGGAAGCCCAGCCAGGUAUUCCUCUUCAACCUGGCCUUGGCCGACUUUCUCCUCAUCAUCUGCCUCCCUUUCCUGACGGACAAUUACGUGAGGAAGUGGGACUGGAAGUUCGGGGACAUCCCCUGCCGGCUGAUGCUCUUCAUGCUGGCCAUGAACCGCCAGGGCAGCAUCAUCUUCCUCACGGUGGUGGCCGUGGACAGGUAUUUCCGGGUGGUCCAUCCCCACCACGCUCUCAACAAGAUCUCCAAUGCCAAGAUCAAGAGAGCCAUCCGCUUCCUCCUGGUGGUGGCCAUCGUCUUCAUCAUCUGCUUCCUGCCCAGCGUGGCCGUGAGGAUUGGCAUUUUCUGGCUCCUGCACACAGUGGGGAUACAGGAUUGCAGCCCCUAUCGCUCAAUCGACUUGGCGUUUUUCAUGACCCUCAGCUUCACCUACAUGAACAGCAUGCUGGACCCCCUGGUGUACUACUUCUCCAGCCCCUCCUUCCCUAGCUUCUUCUCCACCGUGCUGAGCCGCUGCCGCCGGAAAAAAGGACGGGCGGAACCAGACAAUAACCGGAGUACAAGCUUGGAGCUCACAGAAGAUAACAUCUCCACAAGGAAUGCUCCGGAAGCACUAAUGGCCAACUCUAGUGAGCCAUGGAGCCCCCAUUAACUGACCCCAACUCAUCCUGGAAGCAACGUCACCAAGAACCACGCUCCACAAGCACGGCUUCGCUGCUGUGCAGAAUGA